AUGUCCGCCGCGCGCGCGACGCUCGCGCCGCAUCCGCGCGCCCGCGUCGUCCCGCGCGCGAAAUCCGCGCGUCCGAUACAAAAUGGUUCCACGUAUCCCGCGAAGGAGCACUGCAGCGAGUGCGGGCUGUGUGACACCGAACACGUCGCGCGCGUGCGGGACGCGUGCGCGUUCCUGGGCCAAGGCAUGUCGCGCGUCGAGACGCUCGAGCCCGUGGUGCACGGUCGAGGUCGCCGAGCGUCGCCGGACGACGAGGACCGAUUGGGUGUGGUGGAUGAGACGUUCUACGCCGCGAUGAAGCGACCGGUGGACGGGGCGCAGUGGACGGGCGUGGUCACGAGCGUGGCGAAGAGAAUGUUAGAGAGCGGCAUGGUGGAGGGUGUGAUUUGCGUCGCGAGCGAUCCGGAUGAACCGCGAGCACCGCGUCCGAUAUUGGCGACGACGGUGGAGGAGAUCGUGAGCGCGCGAGGGGUGAAACCGAGCCUGUCGCCGAAUCUCUCGGUGCUGAGCGAGGUGGAGGCGCGCGGCUUGAAGCGGAUUUUAUUCAUCGGCGUCGGCUGCGCCGUGAGCGCGCUUCGCGCGGUGGAGCCGUAUUUGGGAUUCGAUAAGUUGUACGUCAUGGGCGUGAACUGCACCGACAACGGGCGUCUGGAGUCGUUUCAGAAGUUCAUCCAACUCUCGAGCGAGAAUCCGGGCACUGUUCUGCACUACGAGUUCAUGCCCGACUAUCAGGUGCACUUCAAACAUCUCGACGGGACGUACGAGAAGGUGCCGUACUUUUGUCUUCCGGCGAAUGAUUUAGUCGACGUGAUCGCGCCGAGCUGUUACUCGUGCUUCGAUUACGUGAACGGUUUAGCGGAUGUCGUCGUAGGAUACAUGGGCUCCGAGUACGAUCCGUCAAAGCCCAUGAACGAGCAUCCUCAGUACGUCACCGUGAGAAACUCUCGCGGACGAGAGAUGAUCGAUCUCGUUCGAGACGAUAUGGACGUCUCGCCGUCGACUUCCUCGGGCGACCGCCGUCCGUUCGUCAUGCAAACAGUCGUCGCCGACGACGAAGCCAAAUUCGGGCGCGGUCCAGAAAAGCCCGCGCCGCGUUUCGUCGGCAAGCUCAUCGCGUGGCUUCUCACCAAGAUCGGCCCCAAGGGAAAAGAGUUCGGGAUGUACAGUCUCGACUAUCACACCAUUCGGAAUUAUCUCUACGUCAACCGAGUCUGGGGCGCCGAGCGCGCGCGCGAGCACGUCCCGGAGUACGCCAAGCGCGUCGUUCGCGAGUACGACGUCAACGGCGCGGUCUCCGCUCGGCUCAACAUCGGGAAACCGUAA